AGAAGACUACACAAAAACAGCAACAGGGUGCAAAACAAUCAAGUAUAACAGAGGCAUUCUUAUCAGUGUCAAAAUAUAAAGCAGAUUCGCCAGAACAAAUCUCUAAAGAAAAGAUGAUUGCCCAGUGGAUUGGACGCUCCGGUCUACCUGCUCGUACAGUCGAGGAUGAUGAUUUUAUCCUUAUGAUAGAGAGCAUAGAUAAGAAGUUAGCAGUGCCUAAAAAAGCAAAAAUAAACAACUUAGUUGACCAACUUUACAAUGAUGAGAAACUAAAAUUCAGAGAACAACUUGCCACAGCUCGCAAAAUAAGCUUAGGGCUGGACAUAUGGACGAAAAGAGGCCUUACAGCAUCAUUUCUAGCCAUAAGUGCAUGCUACUUUUGUCCUCAGGAGGAAAAAGCGAAGCAUAUACUACUGAAUCUGGUUCAGCUGUCCCAUCCCCACACAGCAGACUGUAUAAAAACUUGUGUUGACAGGUGCACACAGGAGUGGGGAAUACCAAAAAACAAGAUUCUUACUGUAAUAACUGAUAAUGGAAGCAACAUGGUUGCAGCAUUCAAAAAUAGUGAACAGGGUGACAACAGUAGCACCGAGGAAGAAGAAUCCCAGGAUGACAGUGAAGAAGACUCUGAGAAUGGCGAAGAGCAAAGGUUUGGAGCCAUAGACAGGAUGCCCUGUGUCGUACAUACAUUGCAACUAGUGGUGAACAUAAUCCAAAAAGAAGCAAGUGUCAAACGCCUCCUAGACAGAGUUCGACUACUUGUUAGGCUUGUCCGCAAGUCAUCCGUGGCAACAGAGCAACUGCUGAAAUUGUCUGGUCUUACUCUGAUCAAAGACUGCCCUACAAGAUGGUCCAGCACCUACCUGAUGAUAACACGUCUUAUUGAUUUGAAGGACCCACUGACUCAAGUAGCUGAUAGGAUGGGCUGGGAUUGUCUGCUGCCAAGUGAGUGGCAAAGGAUAACUACACUCAGAGAUCUGCUCCUCCCCUUUGCUGAGCACACCCAGAUGCUCCAGAGUGACACAAUGUCUUUAUGUCUGGUGGUGCCUGCCCUCCUGGACCUGAGUGCUCACUUAUCUGAGUUUUCCCAGGCCAAUGGUACUAGUCACAAGGAUUUUACUUCUCUGGCAAAGAAGAUGAAGGCCAACCUCGACCAACGCUUCAGUUGCUUCCUUAAUCCCAGCGAUUCAAAGUUCUCACCACUCGCUAUUGCUGCAUGCUUCUUCGAUCCAACGGUCUCAGCUGAUGCACUCAUUGAAAAUGAUGAUGAACACAUUAAAGAGUUACUGAGUAUAGCAGAAAAUUACAUUGCUCAAAUGGUGUACCCUGCAAUACAGGAGGAAGCUGCUGAAAAGGAGGCAGAAGACAAGAGAUGUGAGGAAAAUGAGCCACAGACAAAGCGAUCCAGAUUUAGAUUUCUAAGUACCAAAGUAAGUGCAAACCGGCCAUCUUCUAGCCACACAAAGCUCACUGUCAGGCAGGAAAUUCAAAAAUACAAGGAGCAGCUUUCACAGCCCAUAAACGAAGGGACUGCCUUUGACUUUUGGGCUGCACAUUGCUCUAUCUACCAGCUCCUAAAACCCCUGGCCCAAGAUCUUCUUGCUGUGCCUGCAUCUCAGGCAUUUGCUGAAAGAGUUUUCAGUAUCACAGGUGACCUGAGUCAGGGCCGUCGGAAUCGCGCCAGGUUGAUCCUGGAGAGAAGCGCAUUUCUAAAAAUGAAUCGACCUCAGUAGCCUGAAUUUUGUUACCACUACUUCGUGCUGAUGUUAUUAGGCCACGUUAUCUUGUUGGCACUUGUGCACUUUAAACUUUUUUUUCAUUUGUAGCACUGCAAAAGACUUUAAAGCAAGUGUUGUGUUCAUGUAAAUUCUUAAAAGCAAGUGUUGUGUUCAUGUAAUUUCUUGCUAAAUAAUUAAUACCUCUGCCAAUAACUUUGCACAUUUUUGAUCCAUGAAGUAGGGUCCAAAUCUGAAUCCAUUUUUUUUCCAAAGGAAGGUUUAUUUAUUUUCCGAUAAAAAACGGCUCUCUGAGCCUGUAACUUUUGUUUAAGAUUUCAAAUGUUAUUGUGUUCAAUGUGUACAGCCUUAAUGGUUGUAUCACAUUAUGUUUGAAAACUAUACUUAAAUGAACAGAACAAUAGUUUAAAGUACUGUCCUCUUGACUCAGAUGUCAGACUCAGGAAUAUGUUCAUCAGCACUGACUGCAUUUGAACGUGUGUUCAUUCGUUGCACUUUUAUUUGAAAUUCUAAAUAAAUGUUGUUUUCCACAACAGCUAAAUAAUAGUUUUUUACUUGAUUAUUUUAUCUAUCCUUAAUGUAUGAUCCUACUUUAUAAAUUAGCAGACAUCACAGCAUAUAGGCUAACUAACUAAGGAAAAGGGAUAUGUAAAAUUGCACAAGUGCUGCUGCUAAGAGUAAAAAUUUUAAACAGCCUGUUACCUUGUUUCAAAUUUCUCAGAAUUUUAUUGAUCUAAAUAGAGAAAAAUUAUGACUGUAAAGACUACAUGGCUACCAAAAGUAAUGUUUGUAAUUGCAGUUUGACUAAAACUACUGACUAAAAGUUGACAAAAAUGCAAUUACUUUUCGUCGACUAAAACUAGACUAAAACUAUGAAAGACAAAAAUGACAAAAAUGUAACUAAGACUAGAAUGCAUUUUCGUCUGAAGAUG